CGCUUCCGUGCGUGUGGGGUCGGCCAUGGAGGCGGAGCAGGCGCGGCGGCUGUUCGCGGAGGGCGCGGCAGUGGUGGUGCUGGGGGUGCCUGAGGGGACGCAGCUCGGCGUGGACUACAAGACGUGGAGCGUGGGGCCCCGUUUCCGCGGCAUCAAGAUGAUCCCCCCGGGCGUCCACUUUUUCCACUACAGCUCCGUGGACCGCCGCGACGCCGGCGCCUCGGGGCCGCGCACCGGCUUCUUCCUCAGCCUGCGGCGCCGCGACCUGCGCGUGCUGCGCUGGGACCCGGCCUCCGAGCAGGUCGACCUGAGCCCGGCGCCCGCGGAGCAGAGCGAGGCGAUCCAGGCCAACCUGCUGGAGAUGGACCCGUUCCUGGGCCCGUACCCCUACGACACGCUCAAGAAGUGGGUGUCGCUCAGUAGCUGCAUCAGCGAGGCGGUGAUGCAGACGCUGCAGCCCGAGAGCGGCCAGGUCUGCGCCUUCUCCGAGGUGCUGCCGGUGCUGGCGGGGACGCACGCCAAGGACCGGGCUGAGCAGAACCGGCCCCCCUACGACACCGAGUGCAAGAGCUACGCCGAGGGCCUGGCCCGGCUGCCAGAGAUGAAGCCCAAAGCGGGCACCGAGAUUCGGUUCACGGAGGUGCCAACGCAGAUGUACCCCAACGGCGCAACUCCUGAAGAAAUCACCAGGCACAACAUGGAUCUCAGCUAUGCUCUGGAAACCGUCAUAAACAAGCGAUACUCCAGCAAGCCCGAGGAUGUGCUGGGUGAAUUGCAGUUUGCUUUCAUCUGUUUCCUGAUUGGGAACGUGUAUGAUGCAUUUGAGCACUGGAAAAAGCUCCUGAAUCUCUUGUGCAGGUCAGAAGAUGCCAUAGGGAAGUAUCAAGUUCUCUACACCAGCCUCAUUUCUGUCCUGUACCACCAGCUUAGUGAAAUCCCACCUGACUUCUUUGUGGACAUAGUUUCCCAGGACAACUUUUUAACUAGCACUCUACAGGUCUUCUUUUCCUACACCUGCAGCACUGCAAUGGACAGGAGACUAAGGAAAAAGGCAGAAAAAUUUAAGGCCCACCUAACUAAGAAGUUCAAAUGGGACUUUGAUGCAGAGCCUGAUGACUGCGCCCCAGUGGUAGUGGAACUGCCAGAAGGAACAUUAUUGGAAUGAGCAAAAUCUCUCUUACAGCAAGCAUUUCCCCUUUUCCUCAUCCCUCUUUCCAAACUUGCCAAUUUCUGAAAAAUCUGCAUCUCAUUCUGUGAAACACACCUCGCAGUCUUCAGCCGAUUCCUCCUCUCACCAUAGACAUGUAUCUGGGAUGCCUAGAGACGAUGCAUAUUUGCUGUCCAGGGCAUACCUUCCCCCCAUGGAUUUCCGCAUGGUUCCAGGAGCUGCUGAAACAGAAUAUCCAUGCAGUGCAAUCAUCUUGGUAACAUCUUGAGUAUUCUAAUGAUGUACAUUUACCUAGUUCUUCUGCAGCAACUCCUUUCAUGGAGUCAACCAGGUUGUUGUAUGACCACAGCAAACUCAAUGUGGAAAUAUCUGUAUUUAAGAAUCUGGAGCUUGUGUUUCAGUUUGACACCUUUAGAAUUAGGGGUGGCUGAACUGACCUGUGUUCACUACAUCCUUCUCCUGCCUAUCCCAAAGUUAGAAAUCAAGGAAUUAUUUUCUGGUUGUCAGGGCUAUAACUGUAACCAUUGAGAAACAGUGUGCAGGAUUAUAAAGAUUUUUAUUUUAUUUCUGCAGAAGUACGUUGUAACAAAA